CCCGCAGCAUCCCCAGGGACGGCGCUUGGCGGGCGCUGCGCGCCGGUUCGGCCGCCCUGAGGGCCGGGAGGGGGCGGUGGGGGGCGUCCGGGGCUGCGGCCCCGCGGCGCCGCUCUCCUCUGGGCUUCGGCUGUUCUGGGAAAUAGACUUUUUUUUUUCUUUUUUUUCCCCCAAUUGAAACUCCUGCUGUUGGCCUGAAUCAGGAUUUUGUUAAGGAGUCAGAGAAGCCUUCCCACGGCUUCGCAGAAACAGAACGUCUGGGAAAAUGGCCCUGAGAGAGGGAGAAAGCAGCAGCAGCUCUGUCAACAGCGAGCAAGAGCAGAGCAGCAAUCGUGUUAUUACAAUUGUCUUCCUGGCACUCCUCAUUGACUUGUUGGGAUUCGCUCUCAUCUUGCCACUGUUUCCUUCCAUCCUUGAUUAUUACAGCAAGACUGAGGAUGGAUUCUAUUUGUCAUUGCAACGUGGUGUGGAUUGGUUUGCAGUGAUGGUUGGGAUGCCUCCAGAGCGGAAGUACAACAGUGUGUUGUUUGGAGGUCUGAUUGGCUCAAUCUUUUCCAUCCUGCAGUUUUUCUCCUCUCCACUCACUGGUGCAGUGUCAGACUGCUUGGGGAGAAGGCCUGUCAUUUUGAUGACAGUGAUGGGUUUAAUAGCAUCGUAUGCGCUGUGGGCUGCCUCUAGGACUUUCGGCAUUUUUCUUCUCUCCAGGAUCAUAGGUGGAAUAAGCAAAGGGAAUGUCAGCCUUUCCACAGCUAUAAUUGCUGACCUGCACUCUCCCAAGGCACGGAGCAAGGGCAUGGCAAUGAUUGGUGUUGCUUUCUCUCUUGGUUUUACCCUGGGUCCCAUGAUUGGAGCUUACCUCGCCAUGGAGGCUGAGAAAGGAGAAGUCUUCUUCUUUCGUUCAGCAUUGUUAGCACUCAUGUUUGCUGUGGCUGAUUUAAUUUUCAUCUUCUUCCUGCUUCCAGAGACACUCCCCAAAGAAAAACGGAUCUCUUCUGUGAUGUCCGGAUUUCAGGCCACAGUAGACUUGCUCAGUCCUUUGGCUUUAUUUCAGUUCUCUGCAGUUACCCGAGGAAGGGAUUCCCCUUCAGAGAAGAAUUUUCAGAAUCUCAAAAUCCUGGGCCUGGCUUAUUUCCUGUACCUCUUCCUGUUUUCUGGUCUGGAGUAUACACUGAGUUUUCUCACUCACCAGAGAUUCCAGUUCAACAGUAUGCAGCAGGGCAAGAUGUUUUUCUUUAUUGGAAUAACAAUGGCUGUGAUCCAGGGAGGCUAUGCGCGCCGAAUCAAGCCAGGAAAUGAAAUCAGAGCUGUAAAAAGGGCCAUAAUGUUGCUGAUUCCAGCUUUCUUGUUAAUUGGGUGGGCUGCAAAUGUGACCAUGCUGAGUGUUGGACUGUUGCUGUACUCUUUUGCUGCUGCCAUUGUUAUCCCGUGUUUGUCAGCAGUGGUGUCAGGCUAUGGUGCUGCCAGCCAGAAGGGACGAGUCAUGGGUAUUCUGAGGAGCCUGGGUGCCCUUGCCAGGGCCCUGGGACCUGUCCUGUCAGCCACAGUUUAUUGGCUGGCUGGGGCAGAGAUUUGCUUCACCAUCUGCAGUGCUUUCUUCCUGGUCCCUUUCAUUUUGCUUGGUUCUGUAAAACAGCAGACAAAGGAGGAGUAAAGGGAUGGCAAAUAGUUACAGAACAGUUUCCAGUGACCUCUACAAGACUUGCCGCUUGCCCCUUGACUCCGCUAAUCGAGUUGGAAUGAGACUUUUGAUCUUCUGGAAGGCCAUAUUCAAUGGCCAGUUUGGGAACAAGAAGAAAAGUAAAGUAUGCGCCAGCUGAGUAACACAUCAUACAAGGCUGGGCAAGCUGCGACUGGUGUUACAGCACCACUGCUGCACUACAUACCCCAGUUACAAAAACCUAUGAACCGCAAGGGCUUCAGCUGCUGCUUCAAACCAGUAUCUGCGGCAUACAGUUCUUGCCUUUGCUCUCAGUCUGUUGUUAUCAAGAGCUAGACCAAAAGCACGGCCCAAGCCCCUGUGCAGAGGGCCAUCUUGUCUGUUUUAACUAGCAGAGAACAAGUACACCAGAACACUCUAAAACUGAAGGGAAGUUUCUGUAGAGGGGUCACAAGAUUUGCACAAACUGUAAGUGGAGUAAAGGGUUUAAUCAACUGCCUUAAAACAUGACAAUCAAAACCAAAAGACUACAGGCUUCCUGAGCCGACUGAUGCUCUGUCACAGGUAGACUGUGUUUAAUAUACAAAUAAACUGAGAGACGUUUUACACUCCUAAUACUAUACAGUAUUUUCUUGAUGCCAAAGUACUAUUCUUUUUUGCAUUACAAAUAAACAGUUAGCAUACA